ACCCCUCGCUGUUUCACCAUUUGUUUCUCUGAUUCACUCACCCACAAAUGUCUUCUUCUUCCUCUUCUUCCCUUCAAACUCACCGUUCACCCACUACCUCUCAAUUUCUGCUCUUCACUCCCUCUUUCUUUCCUCUCUGUGUUUUCUUCGACAUUUCUCUCUUUCUCUCUGUUUUUCUUUUUAAAAUUUUUCCCCCAAACCUCUCUCUACCUUUCUCUCGGUUCCUCAAGCAAAAACGUUCCGUUUUCUUAGGUCGUUUUCUCCCGGAUUCAAACACGUGACGUUACGCCGAAAGCAACACCGGGCUUUUUGUGAAACGUGUGACUGUGUGUUUUUCUCUUUUUGUUCUUCGAUUGCUCCGCCACAAAGGACUCCUCUCUCUGUCUCUCUUAUUUCCUAUUCUCCAAUAUCCGCCUCGUUUCGCAGCUUCUGACAAGUCAUAGAGACAACAAAGCAUGGUUCUCGCGGCGUCUCACUUCUUGAUUCCCAUGCCGGCAUGCCCACCUCGCAAGCACUCAAAAAAACCACACCGGCCUCACUCUCGCACGACGUCGUCAAAAUUGAACCAACUCUCAUUAUCUAAUGAGCGAACAAGAGCGUGCGAGUGUUUCGACUUGUACAAGGACCUGGUACCGUACGGCGAGGCAUGGUCUUGGCAGAAAAGAAUUGUUCGGGACAAGAAGGCCUCGAUUGAGAAGAACCAAGAUUGCCCGGACACACUUAUCAUUCUACAGCAUCGCCCUGUGUAUACAUUGGGCACAGGUAGCUCGGAAGAGUACCUGAAUUUCGACAUCAAGAAUGCUCCUCACGAUGUUUACCGAACCGAACGCGGCGGUGAAGUUACGUAUCAUGGCCCUGGCCAGCUAGUUAUGUACCCUAUUAUCAAUCUCCGAAAUCAUAGGAUGGAUCUUCAUUGGUACCUCAGGGCACUUGAGGAGGUGGUCAUCCGUGUGCUUUCCUCAACAUUUUCUAUUGAUGCAUCUCGGCUUGAUGGCUACACUGGCGUUUGGGUUGGAGAUAAGAAAGUGGCAGCCAUUGGAAUACGAGUAUCUCAAUGGGUAACAUAUCACGGCUUAGCUCUAAAUGUCACCACAGAUCUAACUCCAUUUCACUCGAUAGUCCCGUGUGGAAUAAGAAACCGUCAGGUUGGAAGCAUUAAGGGGUUGCUAGGAGAGUUUCAGCCAUCCACUGGAUGUGAAAAGGCAGAUGUUCCUUAUUCCAAUGAUUGCCAGCUAAUUGAUAUCACUCACUCCUCUUUGAUCGAGGAAUUUUCAGAGGUUUUUCAGCUUGAAAUCCAUUAUAAAGCCAUCUCCAUGCUGGAUUUUGCAGAAACAACACCAACAACACCUGGAAUCUUGGGGAGAAACUAUCUCACAUUGGCCUUGCACAUGAAUGUUGUGCUUGGGUAAGUAAAGGGCAAAAUAGAAUUAAUUGGAGCUCAUGCACGUUUGUUUUUGUUUUUGUUUUCUCUUCUUAAGAAGAUAAGUACAUUAACAUUAACAAACAACUUAAACCACUAAACUGUUUUCAUCCUGGGUAUAAUAAACUUCACCACUGUGAUUCACAUGACAUUCUCAUAGUUAAUAAGGGUAACUGCCUUGAAGGAUUAAAGCUAAUACUUACCUAUUUUUCAUAAUUUCAGUGUAAUUUUUUUUUAAGAACUAGUAAUAUGAUUGAUCAGUUUCAAUUUCCUACAUCGCAUAUAGAAAAAUAA